CCUCGGGCCGCCGGGGGUAGGGUGGGGUGUCCCCCCUCCCCGCCGCCAUGUACACCUUCGUGGUGCGGGACGAGGGCAGCAGCGUGUACGCCGAGGUGAGCCGGCUGCUGCUGGCCAGCGGGCAGUGGCGGCGCCUCCGGAGGGACAACCCCCGCUUCAACCUGAUGCUGGGCGAGAGGAACCGGCUCCCCUUCGGCAGGCUGGGCCAUGAACCCGGACUUGUGCAGCUGGUGAAUUACUACAGGGGAGCAGACAAGCUGUGCCGCAAAGCAUCUCUGGUGAAGCUAAUCAAGACAAGCCCUGAACUAUCGGAGUCCUGCACAUGGUUCCCCGAGUCAUAUGUGAUUUACCCAACAAACUUGAAGACCCCUGUGGCUCCAGCACAGAAUGGAAUUCGCCAUCUCAUAAACAACACAAGGACAGAUGAGCGGGAAGUCUUCUUGGCAGCUUACAACAGGCGGCGGGAAGGCAAAGAAGGCAAUGUGUGGAUCGCCAAGUCCUCAGCUGGUGCCAAAGGGGAAGGGAUCCUGAUUUCUUCAGAGGCUGCAGAGCUCCUGGACUUCAUUGACGAGCAGGGACAAGUACAUGUGAUUCAGAAAUACCUGGAGAACCCUCUGCUUUUAGAGCCAGGGCAUCGCAAGUUUGACAUCAGGAGCUGGGUUCUUGUGGAUCAUCAAUAUAAUAUCUACCUCUACAGAGAGGGUGUCCUGCGGACCUCUUCCGAACCAUAUAACAGUGCUAAUUUCCAGGACAAAACCUGCCACUUGACCAAUCACUGCAUUCAGAAGGAAUAUUCCAAAAACUACGGGCGGUAUGAGGAAGGGAAUGAAAUGUUCUUUGAGGAGUUCAACCAGUAUCUGAUGGAUGCCCUGAACACAACGCUUGAGAAUAGCAUCUUACUGCAAAUCAAACACAUAAUAAGAAGCUGCCUUAUGUGUAUAGAGCCUGCAAUCAGCACGAAGCAUCUUCACUACCAGAGCUUCCAGCUCUUUGGCUUUGACUUCAUGGUGGAUGAGGAGCUGAAGGUCUGGCUGAUAGAAGUCAAUGGGGCCCCGGCAUGUGCCCAGAAGCUGUAUGCAGAGCUCUGCCAAGGAAUUGUGGAUGUAGCCAUCUCUAGCGUUUUCCCCCUCAACGACACUGGGCAGAAGACGAGCCAGCCAUCAUCGAUCUUUAUCAAGCUGUGAUGACGACAGGAAUGCCUCUGCUGUGCACAGGGAGAGACUGCACCCAUCGGGUCAGCACAGUUUGGUGGUUUAUCUCAGUAUCAUGCCAAAAAGUGAUAGAGACAGGCUUCUUAUUUUCUGGGAAAUCAUGGGGAAAAACAAAAAAACAGGCAUCCACACAGAGCUGCGAUGAGCCAGAGCUGCUCAGAUAACUCUGCCUGCAUUCACCAAAAUCCACUUUAGAAACAGCUCGUGUGACUUUGAUAUCUGAAACAAAUCUCUCUGGGAGAACAACAAAAUAACCUUAAAAUGAAACCCCAACAGGGAUACUAUAAUACUGUAUUAGCUCCUCCUUUUCUAUAGAGAUAACAUUGGGUUUUUUAAGGGAAUUGAGCGAAGAGUACGAUGAUCUUCCGGGACAUCGUGGCUGGGAAGUUGUCCUCCUGCUCUGUUUCUUCUUUCCUCACCUACUGCAUCAUUAGUGCCUUAGCUCAGCUCCAAAUAGGUGACUCCUUUCCUUUGUUCCUGCUCCAUUACGUAGAAAGGAGCAAGCUCUUUUGCAUCGCAGGAUGCCUAAAACCAGGAACACCGAGAAUUCAGUUUCCUUAGGUCAUUUUCCAAGCUGGUUGUCUGAACACCCAGGCAACGGCUGGCAAAAGGGUGCUGAACUGCAGGCGGUGAAUUAACCCAAGCAAGGAAGGCAAUUUUGUUUAUUUAUAGCUAUCCCUUUUCCUGAUGAGAUUUGAAUCAGUGUCCAUCCCAGUCUGAUGCAGUUGGAUUCUGUUUAAAAGAGGUAGAGAGACCCCCUCGGGGCUCACUGGCAGGCUGUAGGAUUUCUAGCAUCACUUUUGUGCUAAGAGUGUUUCAAAUAGCAGAAACCCUAUCUCCUCAGUUUCUUCUGAGACACUGCAGUGAAUUUAGGCUCUUCUCUCAGCUUUCACCUUCAUGCAUUUGAGGCCUGAAUCUGAAACCUUUCAACCCAAAUGAUUUUUAUCCCGUUUGAUCCAGCCAAUUUUAUUCUCCUCCAUUUGACAAAUAUUGCAGUUUUCUGCCCUGAACACAGUCCACAGCUCAGUCCCAGCUAGGGGGAAGGUGGGUGAGGUUUUGUAGACCAGGAGAGAGAUUCCUUGUGUAUAGCUUUACCACACAGCUGGGAAGGCAGGUGUU